AUGAUGUCUCUUGAAGUUUCACGAAAAAGAGGUAUUACCACUGAAGACCUCCCGAAUAAGAAACAGAAUACGAUGAGUGAUGAUGAGUUUUCAGAAAAGAUGUACUCGUCGUAUGUGAAAUCUGCAUUGGAGAAGGAUGAUCCAGUUCAGAUAAAUACCAUCACUGAUAAGAUAAGUCUCCCCAUUGGCAAUAAAGAAGCCAUUAGCAUAAGUCAUUUCUCCAUAGUUCUUAGAUCAUUGGCUUCGAAUACGUCACGGUUGGAUAACAAGGCGUGUCAUAAUAUGAUUUUUGCCAUUCUUGAGUAUCGAUGGAUGGAUGUGAAACAUCGUGAUGGGUAUAGCAGGUUUGUGGAAAUGUAUUCCCAGUUUUUAGUUGCAUUGGUAUCGACAUUACCUAAAUAUUUGCAUGAAGUUAUGAGCAAGUUGGUUAGAGAGUUUGACAGACAGGAUGUGGAUACCCACCACGAGGUGUUGAUCAAGAUUAUCAAGUAUAUCCCCACUUCUAUUAGUAUGAUUCCACAGGUGUUGCAGAAGAAUUUCCCUCAUCAUAUAUCGUCUAGUAAUAGUGAAUUGACUAAUUAUGUGCACAACCUUGUUAAGAUAAUACGUUACUGUCCCGAGUUGCAAUUUGAAAUCUGGCAAAUGAUUAUUGAGUCGUCGAUCAAAAUGGAUACAGAUUUGCAGACAUCACUUGAUGAUGUUGAUGAUGAAGAGAUUGAAGAAUUGUUGAACGAUGAAGAAGACGAAGUGGCCAGUGAUAGUGAGGAUGAAAGUGAUGAUGAGAGUGGAGAUGACGAGAGUGGUGAUGACGAGAGUGAUGAUGAGAGUGACGACGAGGAAUGGGUUACUGCUCCUACUACAGAUAUCAAAUCGUUGCUGAACAAGCUUGACAGUGUGAUUAGUUUAUUGUUGACGUCGACCAGAGACUCAUUCACUCUUGAAGAGUUGAAUAACGGCAAUGGGGUUAAUUUGUUCAAUACUAUUAACUCAUUAUUCAAGAGUCAUAUACUCCCAACACAUUUUACGAAGCUGAUUCAGUUUGUGUUGUUUCAUGUUACCCAGUACCAACCUGAGUUGGCUGAUUCGUUUUUGGUCUUGUUGAUUGAUGUUGCAUUUAACCCUACGGAGAUUUUGGAGAAACGAUUGAAAGCGAUGCAGUAUUUGUCGUCGUAUAUUGCACGAGCCAAGGGGUUAUCGCGUCACCAAGUUGUGUUUAUAGUUAGUUAUCUUGUUGGAUGGUUGAACAAGUUUAUCCUUGAAAGAGAACAAGAGGUUGAAUCUGGUGGGAUGGAAAGAUUUAAAUUGUUUUAUGCUGCAUUCCAGGCGUUGUUGUAUAUAUUCUGUUUCCGAUAUGAGAUAAUUGCUUAA